UAUUGCAAGGAAACCUCCCCUCCCCCCCCUUCUCUCGUUAUAGAUCAGAUUACGCGAAAUAUAUAUAUAUAUUUUUAUACAUAUAAAUAAAUUCUUCUUUUUUAACAAUUUCCAUUUGUCGACUGAGUGAAAGUGACAAUAUUCGGAUAAAUCAAGUUCUGAUGAUGAAGUGAGAAAAUCUAGUGAUAACUGGAGACAUUGUAUAGUGGCAAAAAAAAAAGGGUUGAACUUCUUUUUUUACGAAAAAAAAUAAAUUAGGUAGGUUUGGCAGUACUCAACAUUAUCGAUGGGUAGAACAGAAAUGUCAAAAACGCUGAACGCUUAUAGAAUAAAAAAAAUAGAACAUAUUGGCAGAAUGACGGCCAUGACGCAGGAGGAAAUUGUGGCGGGUGCUCGCACCGUUGCUCAAGGAUUGGAGACAUUGCGAGUGGAACACAGUGGUCUUCUUCAGAGUUUACAAUCGCAGGAAGCGCCGGCAGCACGUGACAAAACAACUUUAUUAUCGAAAAACAUUGAAAUGAUAGAAUUGGGCCUUGGUGAGGCUCAAGUGAUGAUGGCACUGGCAAGUCAUUUACAAAUGGUCGAGGCUGAAAAACAAAAACUCCGAACACAAGUAAAGAGGCUGUGUCAGGAAAAUGCAUGGUUAAGGGACGAAUUGGCGGGCACACAACAAAAACUCCAAGCCAGUGAACAAGCAGUUGCCCAAAUGGAAGAGGAGAAGAAACAUCUUGAAUUUAUGGCAAACAUGAGACAAUACGAUCCAGAUCCUCCAGCUGACGAUGAAAAUGCCAAGGAUCGACCAAAAGAUGAUCCCAUUGAUCUUUCACUUUUUCCCGAUGACGAUGCCGAGGAACGAAACAGUAAGUCAAUGUCUCCAACUCCGCCUUCACAAUUUGCACAGCAAGUCAAUGCUGGUUAUGAGAUUCCAGCUCGUUUACGAACUUUGCACAAUCUUGUUAUACAGUACGCAAGUCAGGGUCGCUAUGAAGUGGCAGUACCACUCUGUAAGCAAGCCUUAGAGGAUUUAGAGAAAACAUCGGGUCACGAUCAUCCUGAUGUGGCAACAAUGUUAAAUAUCCUCGCCUUAGUUUACCGAGAUCAAAAUAAAUAUAAGGAAGCGGCAAAUCUAUUAAAUGAUGCAUUAGCAAUUCGUGAAAAGACACUUGGUGAAAAUCAUCCUGCCGUUGCGGCGACAUUAAAUAAUCUUGCUGUACUUUAUGGUAAACGUGGCAAAUAUAAGGAAGCCGAACCAUUGUGUAAACGUGCUUUAGAAAUUCGUGAAAAAGUUCUUGGACGUGAUCAUCCUGAUGUUGCAAAACAAUUAAAUAAUCUUGCAUUACUUUGUCAAAAUCAGGGUAAAUACGAGGAGGUUGAACGUUAUUAUCAACGAGCAUUGGAUAUUUAUGAGGCUAAACUUGGUCCUGAUGAUCCUAAUGUUGCUAAAACGAAAAAUAAUCUUGCAUCAUGUUAUUUGAAACAGGGCAAAUAUAAGGGUGCCGAAGUUCUCUAUAAACAAGUAUUAACCAGAGCUCAUGAGAGGGAGUUUGGUGCUAUUGACGGCGAUAAUAAACCCAUUUGGCAGGUCGCAGAAGAAAGAGAAGAGAACAAACAUAAAAAUAAGGAAAAUGCUCCAUAUGGUGAAUAUGGAGGAUGGCAUAAAGCAGCAAAAGUUGAUUCACCGACAGUAACAACAACACUUAAGAAUCUUGGUGCACUUUAUAGACGACAAGGCAAAUACGAAGCCGCCGACACUCUCGACGAUUGUGCUCUUAGAUCGCGAAAAGAGCAUGUUCAACAGGCCCUGGAUUUAGUAAAACAAUCAAAAGUUGCACAAAUUUUAGGCGAAGAAAAAGGAUCUACGAGACGUGGCUCAAGAUCUAGUCUGGCGAAUAGCGAGCACGAACAACAAGACGAGGGUUCAUUGCCGCUGGUUCAAAGGGCGCUGCACGAAGGACAGUCUGGCCAUCACGACGCUAGUCCUAACAAACCCGGGUUUAAAAACAAGAUUUUUCACGCUUUAGGAAUUCACUCCUCUACGUAGAAUAUUAUCCAAAAUUUUUAUUCACCGAAUUUAUUAUUAUUUGCCUGUUGUCGUAUUAUGUUUUUAUCGAUUAUGGGGUUUUUUUUUUUUUUUUUUUUUUUUUUUUUUUUUUUUUUGAGAGAUUUUUGCUUUUAGGAUACUUUCAAAAACUUUCUUUUACGUGAAAAAAAAAUUUUUUUUUUUGUUUUUUUUUUUACUAUCGUUGACACAAUAAAAAUUUUAGCCGUUAAACGUGCUGAGUAUUUCUCGUAUUUAUCAGUGAAAAUUGAGAUUUAUUGGAUUUUACUCUCAAGACUCGAAAAAAAUUUUUUAAUUGUUGUAUUUUAAUAUUCAAAUAUUUCUAUAUUUUCUUUAUGUAUUUCAUUAAUGUUGAAUGUUGUAUUGGAUAUUAUUCUAGCAUUUUUAAACAAAUAUUUAAUGUACCGAAUUUCCAUUAUCUGUGAUACAGUUUUAUAUUGAAUUUUUAUUGAAAAAUACGAGAAUUUAUAAUAAUUAUUAUCAUAAAGAUAGUUUAUUAUAUUAUUAAUAUUUAAAAGCAUUUUAUUGUAUGAAUUCUAAUUUCAUUGCUGUCUUUGGUAAUGAAGAAUUAUAGUGUUAAUUUUUAUUGAAAAAAGAAAGAACUGAAAGAAAAGCAUUUUUUUUUUAUUAAAAUUUUUUCGGUACUUUAAAUUUUAAAUUAAAAAAAAAAAAAGAAAUUGACAAAAAAUGCAUUUUUUGAGCCGGAAAAAAUGUGUGAUUCUUUUAGUGAAGUUAACUUUCUUUAAAAAGAUAGAUAUUAAAGAAAAAGUAGAUUUUAGAGGUUUCAACCUCUUAAUUAUAUUUUUUUUAAUUAAAAAAAGGAAAUUAAAAAUCCGCAAAUAUGGAUUUUUAAAUAGAAAUUUUGUAUUAUUAAAAAUUUUAUCUUAAUGGGUUUCGUGGAAUAAAAAUGUAUUUUUCAAAUUUUAUAAAUAGAUUUUUGAAGAGAAUAUAUUAAAAAUUUUCGUAUACGAAUUAUAAAUUUAAUAAUAAAUAUUAAGAUAGAAAAUUUUUUUGUUGUUUAAAAAUGUUUUUUUUAUGUAAUUAUUUUUUUCGGUCAUUUUAAGUUGUCACACACUCGUUUUUCUGUAAUUUUUUUUUUUUAACACUGUAUAGCAACUGAAAAAAUGAAAAAUUUUAAUUGUCUUACAAAUCACGAAUUGCAUGUUUUUUUUUAUUAUUGUUUGUUAUUAGUAAUUUAUAGUUUUUAUAGAGAAAUUCUGUCAAAAGAAAAUAAUGUUGUUGCGUGCAUUUAUCAAUGAAAUUCAGUUCGCUUUAGUUUACUUCGAUUGUGUCCUAAGAGCUGAUCUUGCUACCUGCGGGGUGUCUCGAAUUUUUCUUUUUUUUUUUCGAGUAAUUUUUAAUUAAAAAGAAAAAUAAUAAUAAUAAUUCUAUUAAAUAACAAAUAGAACUCGCGUCUCAACUCAUUGCGCUUGUAUUUUUAACGUACUCAUUUAUAAUAUUUCAUAUAAAUUAAGGAUAGAUAUUAUAAUUAUGACGAGAUUUUAACAGACUGUGUUUUUGACAACAAAAUAUUUCGCCUUUGCUUCAAUUCGAGGCACCUUGUAAUUAUACUUGUUUAGAUAGUUUAAUUUUUAUUGAUCUAUUAAUUAAUGAUAAUAAUAAUAAUAAUAAUAAUUUUAAUUUUAAUUUAGUCUUAGAUAGGAGAAAUAUAUAUUAUAUUGUUUAUCACUCUAAGAGAACAUUGUGAGCGUUAUUAUAAAACGCCAUAACGAUGAAUAUAAAAAAAAAGUAGUGCCUUGAUACUUUAAUAAAGAAAAAUAAAUUAUUUUCUAAGAA